CAACAGAGUAAGGGAAGCAGAGGAGAUAACAAUGGCAGAACCUGGUGGUGGCGGCGUACGCGGUGGAAUCAGAGCUUGCAACCAGAGCUGUGGUUGCGCCGUUCCCUGUCCCGGUGGCAACGCUUGUAAGUGUGCAACGGCGACGGCGGGGGGAGAGGUGGCGCAUCGGCAGUGCCCGUGCGGGGAGCAUUGUGGGUGCGACCCCUGUACUUGUCCGAGUGCGGUGGUGGGAGUGGGAAGGGGUAAGUGCAGGUGCGGGGAGGAUUGCCGGUGUGAAAUUUGCCGAUGUGCAGAUUGAGAGUUGUUGUAAUUUGCCGGUGUGGUAUUGGGUUGGUUUGUGUAUAGUGAAAUGGUGAUGUAAGGUGUUGUGUUUGUGAGAGAGUGAGUAUAUAGAUGGAAUAAAACUGAGGUUGUGCUCUGUAUCGAA